CCUCGCUCUGUCGGAGAAAAAAAAAGAAAGCCAGUUUCCUUGAAUUUUUUCAAAGAAUUGGAUUAUAUGCUUCAACUCAAAGCCAAAAGAAGAAUGCUCUGCCUCUGCUGUAAAUCCAGAAAAAGGGGGUCCUGAGGCUUGUUAUUUCCACCUCCACUUGUAAAUGACAGUGUAAGAUUUGAACUGCCCCUGGUAAGAAAAAAAAGCUAAUUUCCGUGAAAUCUUUACAAACAUGGAAUGGCCUGUAGCCCUGCAGCCGAUUCUCCAUACCUCGUGUUCACUUACUGACAAGAGAUCAGCUGUAUUCAUUCAAAGGACGAACUCGUCCUCCCGUCAGCUUGAAGUUUCCUGUUGACAGAGGUAGGAUAUAAAACGGCAGACGAUUUGUUUGAAGAGUAAUAGCAGAGAAAAACAUCAGCGACCAAAUGCCGAAAGAAUAUCUGGAUGAAUAUCAACCUCUGCUUAUCAAAGAAACCAAAGAUAGAAAGCGACCAAAGCUUCCAAACAAGUCACUUCUGCUGGCUGCCAGUGCUGCUUGCAUAGGGGGAACCUUUCAGUAUGGAUAUAAUAUAUCUGUCAUCAACGCACCCACAGUGUAUGUGCAAAAUUUCAUCAACGCAACCUGGAGGGAGCGUUACCAAGUUGACAUAUCACAGGAUGUUCUCACCUUGCUUUGGUCCACUAUUGUGUCCAUAUUCACCCUCGGAGGUCUCAUAGGCGCGUUGAUUGGUGGGUCAUUGUCUGUGAAGCUGGGGAGGAAAGGGACACUGUUGGUCAAUAACACAUUUGCAUUAGCAGCUGCUCUGAUGAUGGGUCUGAGUCACUCUACGGGAUUAUUUGAACUCCUCAUAAUUGGACGUCUGCUCAUUGGAAUAAAUGCAGGCAUUGGCAUUUGUGUUCAACCUCUGUAUUUGGGUGAAAUAGCUCCGACAGCAUUUCGUGGCGCCAUGGGAGUGGGAACCUCGAUAUUCAUCACUGCCGGGAUUUUGGCUGGACAAGUGAUUGGCCUCAAAGAGCUCCUGGGCAGAGAGGAGUACUGGCCCAUCCUGCUCUCCACCACAUGUAUUCCAGCCAUUCUGCAGCUCCUGAUCCUGCCGAGGUUCCCAGAGAGCCCGCGCUACCUUCUCCUUGACAAAGGGGACAGUGAGGGCUGCAGGAAAGCUCUGAAGCAACUGCAUGGUAGCGUGGACUGUGAUGCUGAACAGGAGGAAAUCGAUAAGGAGAAGAGUGAUUCAGCAGGUUUAGAGGUCAAGAACCCUUGGGAACUCUUUGCUGAUCGCAGUCAGCGCUGGCAGCUUCUCACCGUCAUACUGCUCAAUGCUGUGCAACAGCUGAAUGGCAUCAAUGCUAUUUACUUCUACGCAGACUAUGUGUUCAGGCAAUCUGGUAUUCCUGAAGAUAGAAUACCGUAUGUGACUGUUGGAACAGGUGCCUGUGAAUGCGUCACUGCUUUAACAUGUGGUCUCCUCGUUGAAAGUCUCGGGAGGAAAGCGCUCAUCACAGGAGGAUACACACUGAUGAGUAUCUGCUGCAUUUUAAUCACGUUGACACUCAGUUUUCAGGAUGCCAGCCCAAUUGUUCCAUACUUGAGCAUGGUGUGUGUUUUUGCUUUCAUCCUGAGUUUUGGCUUAGGACCAGGUGGCGUAACUAACAUCUUGACCACUGAACUAUUCACACAAACCUCACGCCCUGCAGCUUACAUCAUUACAGGGGCGGUGAACUGGUGCAGCUUCUUCUUCAUUGGCAUGGUCUUUCCUUUUAUUGUGGUCGGGCUGGUGCAGUACUGUUUCCUGGUGUUCUUGGUCGUCUGCGCCUCAGUGGCAAUUUACAUUUGCGUGGUUGUUCCUGAAACCAAGAACAAAACCUUCCUUGAAAUCCAGAAUGAGUUCCAGUCAUCCAACAACAAAAAGGCCAGCAGUGAUGACACUGGAGCGAAACUGUUGUCAACUGCUCUAUGAAGUGUAACCCAUGACUCAGGGUGUAAACAAUUGAAGCUUUUCCAAUAAAGAUCAACUGGUGAAAAGAAAAA